GGCUGCUUCCAUCCGUCUUGUUUUGUUUACAGAUUACAAAAUUAAAAGAUAAAACAAAUUCACGUUUGAUAUACGUGUUAUGCUUUUUAUUUUUUUUAUGGAACCAAUUCUAUUCAGAUACAUGUAGCAGUGUUACAAUGGAAGACCAAGACAGUUUGGUGGUGCAGUGGCAUGAGUUGUUCAAGGAAGCUAUUGAUUUUGAUACCUGGGGACAACCACUAGAAGCAGCCGAACAUUAUAACAAGCUAUCCAAACAGCUUCACCAGCAUGCAUCAAUAGAUCACCCACUCUUCACAGAUGAACAGAAGAAACUACUUGACAAGAUCACAGUCUGUCUAGAUGCUCGCUGCAAGUCACUGCAGCAUCGUGGAGCAGUGGAGGGAGUCUCUUUAGAUGACCUGCGGUGCCUAGAGUCAACUUUGAAGAACUUAGCAGUGAUGACUGGAGGUGAUUUUCCUGUUGAUGUGACAGUAGCUCAGAUUCAAACACACAAGUAUCCUAGGAUCAGUCUUUUGCAGAAUGGCUCUUCUGAUGAAGAUACAUCUUUUCAGAAAGCACUUGGUACUAUACUGCCGAAACCAAUGCCAAUAGCCGGUAAAACAUUGUUGACGAUACGGGUGGAGAGGAUUGCCCUGAAAGAUACAUCUCAGUUUAUAGAUCCCUUCAUUACAGUGUCUGUUAAAGAUGCAAAUGGGUAUGACAUGGCAGCACGACAAGAUACACCCACUGCUAGUGAGAAAACAGAUUCUUGUGUUUUCUUCAAUGUUGAUGUUCACAUACAGAAAACGGUAGAAAGCCUUCCCCCAGGUUUUGCUGUGUUUUUCGAACUGAAACAUUAUAAACCCCAAAAGAAGACGAUUAGCACCAAGUGUUGGGCCUUCUUGGAAAGAGAUGAGAUCAAAGAUGGACCAGUAUUUUUAGAACUGUACAAGAAACCAACUGAUUGUCAACUUAUAUCGCAUCAGACAUAUGGUUAUGGACCACACAGAUUUUGAGAGGAAACCCGCUGUCG